AUGGCCUUCGGCGGUUGGUCUCGCGGUAAGAUGUCCUAUCAAUCUCCUGUCUGUUCUGAAGAUGGCAAUGCGACUUAUGAGAGGAGAAGUAUCGAAGUGGAGAGAAAACGCCAGAGUUCAAGACACGCAUGUGUUGCUGAUUUUACCAACUAUGUAACGCGUACAGAUGACUUAGAUCCAAACAUUACCGGUGCUAGACCUAAAACACAUCCCUGCAUACCAAGGGAGAGUGAUCGUCACGAGCAAACUAUCAAUAGGGGAAGUUACGAGCACCGACGUACAUUAAGAGGUCGAGGUGAUCCAACUCGAGGGAAAGAAGAGGCGUCGUUUCAGAAAUCUGCCGAGCCAACUCGAAAGAGGCAUUCGUACGGACAAACGUUUCAGUACCGUGGGGGAUUCGGAAGAUUUGAUGCAGACAACAACAGAGGACGGUCAACACACUAUAAGCUUGAGGCACGAGAUGGAGCAGAUAGAGAGAGUUACCAACCGUACCGUAGAGGUCCUCUCGUGCACCGCAGAAGCGAAACAGCACGUCUUGAUGGAGUCUACCCGAGGACGAAGACCAAAAAUGCACCUGAUGAUCAGUCUGAGACCACACAUCAAAUGCAAAGCAUACCAUUUGUCAUGGAUACAGAGAGACAAGAAGAUAGGAACAAAAAUGCACCAAUCUGUGACACUUCAGCCACAAGCUCAGCUGAUGGCAACAUAGCUGAGUUGCAGCCAAAACUGGACACCACUGUACAAGGGAGUAUCCACGAAGAGCCAUACCAAGUCAAGCCUAAGACUAAGACGCUCCCAUUCACUGAGAAGCAACUGCAGAAGUUCUUGGAAGGUAAACCCUCCGUUGUCCUCUCUGAACUUUCGGAAAGGAAAGAUGAAUGCAUGGCGUUAUUAAAUCAAGACCAAAUCAGUGACAGUACAUUGCAAUUAAUACUACAGGUUCUAUCAAUCCUGUGCUCCUUAGAUCCUGUGUCAGUGCACAUUGAAGAAUUAAACGUAGUACUAACAAUGGUUGAGUCCUCGUUGUUUCUUAGUAAACACCUGACAAGGUUUUUGGUUUGGUUACCGAUCGAGGAACCUAGUGAAAUUGACGGCGAGAAUGACAACGAUGUCCAUAGGCUGGGUAUGGUUGUGAAAUUACUUCGAUUGUUCCUGCAGAACAAGCCGAGUAGCUACUCUGAAGUAGGCGGGGCUUUGAUUCUUUUGGAGAAGGUUGUAACGUCAGAAUGCCUUAUGGUAGACCUCCAGCAAUUGAAGAUUAGCUACCACGCAGUGGAACAGGCUCAGCGAACAGCAAAGGAACGCGCCUCGGAGAAACCACCACCAAACAACUUCAGAGAUAUCCCAAUCUUCCCCGAGAGCAGGGAGAUUCGGCAGGUCACAAAACCGUUCCUGAGAAAGAACAUAAUCAAAGGCAGAUACGAGAGCGUUGACCACUACCUUGAUGUCCAGUUCCGAUUGUUGAGGGAGGAUUUUGUGGCGCCCUUGCGGGAAGGUGUAACCGAGUUCCUGUCAGAUACCAGUAGCCGUCCUCAGAACAUCCGCAUCUACAACGAUGUCUAUAUUCAGAAUCGUAGAAUGGGUAUUGGUGGUUUGGUCCACACCUUGGGCUUUGACACGGAGCCUUUCGAAGGUUACGACUGGGAAUCAAGUAAGCGUUUACUGUAUGGUUCUCUCGUCUGUCUCACAAAAGAUAAAUUCCAGCACGUUAUUUGUGCAACGGUGGAGAACAGAGACGUUACAGAUUUAGCCUAUGGUACAAUUGAAGUUCGCUUCCUGAAUGAGACUCGUAAUCUGUCGGAAGGUCCGUACAUAAUGGCAGAGUCAGCAGCUUAUUUUGAGCCAUAUCGCCACGUGCUGCAUGGGCUACAGCAGAUUAACGAGUACAAUUUUUCUUUUAAGAAAUAUAUCGUAGAUGUAGCUUCCACUGUUGACCCACCAGCAUACCUCUAUUCUAGUCGUCCGUUUGUUAAGGGCCUAAGGGAUGACGAUUCUGUCACGUAUGACCUUACUGUACUUGGUAAGAAAUCAAGUAAGACGACUGAAAUCCCGGUUUUGAAGAUCGAGACCUGGCCAAGUGCAGAGGACUUGCAUCUUGAUGAGUCACAGAAAGCUGCUCUGCAAACAGCAAUGGCGAAAGAGUUCGCAAUUAUUCAAGGCCCGCCCGGGACAGGAAAGACCUACAUCGGCCUGAAGAUCGUACAGCUUCUCCUUCACAACGCAUCUCCUCGUCAAAUGUAUAGAGGGAUACGAGUUCGAGGUGGUCCUCCGUCGCAAUCGCCCAUUUUAGUUGUGUGUUAUACGAAUCAUGCUCUGGACCAAUUUCUGGAAGGAAUCCAUCACUUUGGUGAAUGCCGGAUAAUUCGCGUUGGAGGUCGAAGUCAGAGUGAUGUGCUAAAAGACAGGAACCUUUCUAACGUAAGACGAAAUAGAAGAAGGGAUAAACGGGAAGUUGAAAAGGUCCAGGAACUACUGCGGGAGGGUGAUGAAAAUAUUCGACGUAUACUUCUCAAGAUAGAACUGCCAACGAAGGUCCUCUUGAACGUUUGGGCACUACAAAGGUACAUGAGUCGUUCGGAAUACGGAGCUCUUUUGAUACAACGCCAGCGAGGUCAGGAACCACGAGAAGAUCCGCAGAAGCUUUUGAACUGGCUGGGCGUCAUUGAAGAAGAACGUCGACAAAUCAACGAGCAGCCAACUUAUCAUGAUGGUGCUGCAUACGAUCUAAGACACAUCAAACGCUGUGGCAAAAAUCGUGAUGUGGAACCGAUUGUGGAGCUCCAAAAGCCUGAUGUGAUGACUGACGAAGAGGCUAGCAGCGUUGAACGUGUCUGGUCUCUAAAGAUCUUAGAUCGCUGGCGUCUAUACAGGUUAUGGGUAAAGAGGUAUUUGGAAGAUCACAAAGUGGAACAUCAAAGGCAACUCCAGAUUCAUGAUGACCUUUCCAAGCAGUUACAAGCUUUAAGUUUGCAAAAAGGUGCUUUCCAAGGGAGAAGCCGAGGACGGAGGGGUUGGAAAGAUCCAAGAGAAGUAGAAAUGCACCUGCAAGCAACAACUAAGGUAAUUCAAUCUUUGGUUUUAAAAAUUGAACUACCUACCAAGGUCCUUUUGAACGUUUGGGCACUACAAAGGUACAUGAGUCGUUCGGAAUACGAAGCUCUUUUGAUACAACGCCAGCGAGGUCAGGAACCACGAGAAGAUCCGCAGAAGCUUUUGAACUGGCUGGGCGUCAUUGAAGUAAAUGAGCAUAUCCAGGUGGAGGAUGAGGGGCGACGGAUUCAGAUGGAGCGUCAAGUCGAUGAGAUGGACGAAGACAUUACAAUACAAGAAGAACGUCAACAAUGCAUUAAGCAACAGACUUAUCAUGAAAGUUCUGCAUAUGAUCCAAGAUGCAUCAAACGCUGUGGCAGAAAUCGUGAUGUGGAACCGGUUGUGGAGCUUCAAAAGCCCGAUGUGAUGACUGACGAGGAGGCUAGCAGCGUUGAACGUGUCUGGUUUCUGAAUAUUCUGGAUCGCUGGCGUUUGUACAGACUUUGGGUUAAAAGGUUUUUAGAUGAUCACAAGACAAAACUCCAAGAGCAACGUCAGGUGUAUAGCGACCUUUCCGAAAAGUUGGAUGCUAUGAAUAGAGACGAAAAUCUCGAAAUUCUCCAAGAGGCAAAGGUUAUUGGCAUGACGACCACGGGGGCAGCUAAAUGUCGGGCUGUGUUGCAGCGUCUUUGUCCCAGUAUCGUAGUAGUGGAGGAGGCUGCUGAAGUUCUUGAGGCUCACAUCAUCACUACCCUGACUGAAAAAUGUCAGCAUCUCAUUCUGAUCGGAGACCAUCAGCAGCUGAAGCCAAACCCAACUGUCUACCGCCUGGCGAAGCAGUUCAACUUGGACACCUCUCUGUUCGAGAGAAUGAUCAACAAUGGUAUGCCUUGUCGAUCGCUCAGUCACCAACACCGAAUGAGGCCUGAAAUCUCAUAUCUGAUGAAGAAACACUUCUACAGGAAUCUCUCUGACGAUGAAUCUGUUUUGAAAAUGGACAACGUCAGGGGAGUGGCGCAUAACAUGUUCUUCAUCGCUCAUCAACACCUUGAAAGUAAAAGUGACGACAGCAAAACCAAAUCGAAUCAAUACGAAGCAAAGUUUCUGGUUGGAUUAUGCAAAUACUUAUUACAACAGGGCUACGACCACUCUCAGAUCACCAUACUCACUGCUUACACAGGACAAAAGUUCUGCUUCAUGCGUCUUAUGGAUAAGGCAACCUUUGAAGGAGUUAGAGUUUGUGUUGUAGACAAUUUCCAAGGAGAAGAGAAUGACAUCAUUCUUUUGUCUCUGGUACGAAGCAACAAGGAAGAAUCCAUCGGGUUUCUGCGCACUUCAAAUCGUGUCUGCGUUGCGCUGUCAAGGGCCCGGAUGGGAUUUUACUGCAUUGGCAACGGGAGCAUCUUGAAGAAGGCAAAGCUGUGGGAGAACAUCUUAGCUACUCUGGAGGCUGAUAACCGGAUUGGUACCUCAUUGCCAUUGGUCUGCCGAAAUCAUCCCAACAAAAUCACACAGGUCACCUCGAAGAAGGAUUUCGCGGAAAAAGUUCCUCUUGGGGGUUGUGAUGUACCUUGCGAGUAUCGGCUUCCUUGUGGUCAUGCUUGUACUUUAAUCUGUCAUGGCUUUGAUAACGACCAUAAGGAAUACAAGUGCAAAAAGCCAUGCGUAAGAAUAUGUGACCGACAUCAUCCAUGUCCGCUUGAAUGCUACAAAGAGUGUAAAUGUUUUGUGGAACUUACCAAAACGAUGUCUGAUUGCGGUCACGUGAUCCAAGUUUCCUGUCAUGAAUAUGAUAGUAUCACAUGCCCUAAGCCGUGUCGAAGGUUGUGCCAUGAUAGUCAGCAUCAGUGUCGAGAACUGUGUGGUGAAAUCUGCCUGGAGAACUGUCCUGAAAAGUGCGAGCGAACUCUGCCAUGUGGUCACUCAUGUAGAAAUGCUUGCGGUGAUCUAUGUACUGCGUAUUGUAAAAUUCGAGUCGACAGGACACUGACCAAGUGUGGCCACACUGUUCGCAUGGAUUGUGGUAAACAACCCGGCGAGUAUAAUUGCAAAGUGAGAGUUUGGAGAGAUCUGCCAAACUGUAAUCACCGGGCUGAAAUGAAUUGCCAUAAAGAUCCAGAGACUAUACAGUGUCGGGGAAAAUGCGAACGAGUGCUUGAAUGCGGUCAUCCAUGUGAAAAGCUGUGUUGGGAAUCAUGUACUACGUUUUGCAGAGUAGAAGUGGAGAGAACUUUACCAAAGUGUGGCCAUACCGUUAGCAUGGACUGUGGCGCAAAACCAGAUACGAGGAAGUUGGGUAAAAUAAUGUACGGACCUUCUACGGACGAUCCGUACACGUGCAAGGAAAGAUGUGAGAAGAUGCUUGAGUGUGGGCAUAGGUGUCCAAAUGUCUGUGGUAUACCUUGUAUUAAGUUACCGUCACACUACCGUUAUCUAAGAUUUAGAAUGAAUGUCAAAGCAUGCGACGAACCUGUGGAAAGGACCUACACAUCUUGUGGCCACCGCGUGAGGGUUCCCUGCCACAAGGACAUUUCGGAUGUGCCGUGCUCAGAUCGCUGCGAAAAGUUGUUGUCUUGCGGUCAUCGCUGUCCAAGGAAAUGCUAUAAAAAAUGCCCGCGUGAAACAAUAGAUGAAAAGACCAUUUACACGAAAGCUCGUCAAUCAAUUGCGGCAGUGGGGGCAUACCUUUUGUCAAGGUGUCAGGAGAGUUGCGAGAGGGAGCUGCCCUGCGGUCAUAAAUGUCCUAAUAAAUGUGGUGAACCCUGUCCACCUGUACAAGUCGAAGCAAUAAAAAUAUACCUGUAUAAUGAGUGUCAAGAAGAGGUAAAAAAGAAGCUUCCGGGCUGUGAUCACUACGUGAGUGUUCGCUGUUCCGUGGAUGUCAGUUCGUUCAUGUGCGAGGAGAAAUGCGAGGAAGUGCUUCCAUGCGGCCACCGCUGUCCAAGGAAAUGCAGUGAAGUUUGCCCGAAGAGACAACGGGAUGACGAAACCUUUCUCAAGGGUGUUCUUGGGCACCCGAGGGAUGUCAGGGCGUACCUUUUGUCAGUGUGUCAGGAGAAGUGUCAAAGGGAACUGGCUUGCGGACACGACUGUCCAAAUAAAUGUGGUGAACCCUGUCCACCGGUAAAAUCACAAAAAAUACGGAAGUCGCCUAGGGGCAUUAAGACCGAGUGUCAAGAAGAGGUGAAAAAGAAGCUUCCGGGCUGUGAUCACCACGUGAGCGUUCGCUGUUCCGCGGAUGUCAGUUCGUUCAUCUGCACAGAGAAAUGUGAGAAGGUGCUUCCGUGCGGUCACCCAUGUCCAAAUAAAUGCAUCGACCCAUGCCCUGGGGAUAGGACCUUUAAGUUGAGAGCCACGAGAGGUUCCAAAAAAUACAGAAAACGUACAGGCCCACGAGAAAGAUGCGAAGUUGUGGUCCAGAAAGCGAUGCCAUGCGGUCACAAGACUAAAUCCAUGCCUUGCUGGAAGGCAGAGUCUUCUGCUCAUAUACCGUGUAAUUUUCCAUGCGGUGCUGUACUUAAGUGUGGUCAUAGGUGCACUGGUAAUUGUGACAGCUGUAAGCAGGGCACACAACACCAACCGUGUCCUAAAUCAUGCAACAGGCAGCUCCUCUGUGGCCACAACUGCACUGGUUCAUGUGGUGGCUGUUGCUCACCAGAUUGUAGGAGAUGCCGUGAUGACUUGAGACAGCGUACCAGUCAAGAUUUGACGUCAUUUUCACCUUGUAAACACAAUGUCACGCAUCGAUACCUGAAGACGAAUGCAUGUUUCCGACCUUGCAACCAAAAACUGAAAUGCAAACAUCCCUGCAUUGGUGUGUGCGGUGAACCAUGCCCUCCUUUUUGCAAUGUCUGCGACAAAAAGAGUGUUCGAAUCAAUUUACCCAAAGGACAGUUUCAUCUAAGGGAUAUGUACGUCUAUCUCCCAGACUGUAAGCACCUGUGUCAGGUGCAGUCCCUGGAUAGGACGGUUGCAGCUGUCAAGAACACCAUUGAUAAAGGCUGCUUUCAGAUUCGUUACGUCCUGUGUCCGAAAUGCAAGGAGCCAAUUCGCCAUUGUUCCCGUUAUGAUGGUGUUCUCCAGAUCAUAAGAGAGUCGAUAAAUACAGCCAGACAGAUUUGCCGUCAACAUAGCAUAGCUUUGCAGAAGAAUGAUGGCGCUACGACACCCUUGUCAUUUACCGCGGGCAAAUGGAUGAGAUGUCGUCGAGGUCACGUUUUCCAUCUAGAGGAAGGCAGCAGCAAAGUAGGGGGAGGCCAGGAACCAAUUGCCUGCCCAGAGUGCUUAAAACAAAAGAGCAGUUAGACUUGUUGAUUUGACUAGAAUCUGAAACUGCGUCCUCAACGCAGUUAUCAAACGCCAAUCAAAGGUAGAAUUGGCUUGAGAUUAACUCCUUCACGUGAGGUAAUGUGCAGGAACCGUGGCAUUUGUGCGGGUUCAGUAUGCUCUCCGUCAUACCGGGAGAAUACUCUUGCACAGAGAGUAAUGCGCACGCAACAUUUUCCUGCACUCGGGAGUAGCAAGAGUAACACGCUCGAACGCACCCCGAAAGAGUGGCGUGUGGCAGUCACGUGGUAUACAUACGCACGUGUGCGUGUAACAGGCGCAGAGUGCACCUGACCAAUUUUCAUUUUAUUACAACACUGUAUUACAUUGUGUUUAUUCACUGAAUAAUCAAUCAAUAAAACCAAAUUGUGCUCGGGUGUUUUUUUGGCGCUAAUAAGUGAAAAUGGUGUAUACAAUAUAAUCAAUAUUAUAGUGAAAGCGUAGCGUAUUAGGCGUAUGAGCCUAGUUUCUUUUUACCAGUACUUGUAUCUGAAAAGAUAUUCACACUAAGUUUCGUUUAAUUGAAUAUGCAGUAGCUCAUUUGUUUUUAAACUAGAUGAGAUUUGUAUGAGUAUUAGA